ACCGUUUUUUCUAAUCCCGGACUCUAGGAGCAGUGAAGAAAAGUCAUCAUGAAGUUGUUGUUGUUUACAGCUGUUGUGUUCUCCCUGUAUGUGGGCACCCCUGCACCUCUCCACGCCUCUUGCAAGGUAACGUGGACGUUCCACACGGACUGUGCAAGUGUGAACAAGAAAAUUGUGGACCAAAUGACCGCCUGGAAAUCCGCGGACAACUGUGCUAAUGGGGGAGAGAAAUGCCUUUAUACCAUUGUUAGCCACGAUGCUACCACGAUUAAGGGCAAACACACCACGCCCGUCAAACACUACAUCGAUGACUUGACCUUUACUUUCAUACCGGAAGAUUCCAACUGCAGAGUUCAGGGUUACUCUACAUCGGAGACCUGGUACGCCGUCCUAGACCACAGCACUAAUUACUGUAACCUGAACAACCUCAUCACAGGCUCUGGGUUGCACCAAUCAUCGGGAUACACUGAAACCACCAAUGACAGCGCCUGUACUCAAUACAGUUCGGCCAACUGCGAGAAAUAUUAAACAUGUUGAUAUUCUGAAAUGUGAGAAUAAAUCACACUUAAUUCU